GAUGCACAGGGCAAGCAGAGGAUCCUACUAGAAGGAAUAACGUAAGGAGUACAGACGGACAGAGGAUGAGCAGGCAAGACGUGGAGCCCGCUACUACCUCACCUGAAUGCUUGACGGUGUCCUACCCCAAGGUGUGACUGACGUCUACUGUCUGUGACUCACCUGGCCACGAUCUCAGAUCCACCAUCCAUCCUUUGUCUCUGAACAAGGUCAACCUACACCACAGGUCGACCUUCAUAACCACCAUCACUUAGAGUCGAACAUUAUCCAGAAGCCCAUCCAGAACUCCAUUACCCAUAAAUUCCUCCGAAAUUACCCUGCAGCAGCAUGCAAACCCCGGCCUCCAUGGUGAUGGGCAUCGUGUUCGCCCCUCUGGGCCUGGUGCUGGUCUUCAUGGCAGCCAUCACACCCCAGUGGAGGGAGGGGCAGACCCAACUAGUGGGUGUGGCCGGGGCCGAGCCCCGCCUCCUCCUGCGCACCGAUGGCCUAUGGGAGAGCUGCCUACAGGUGGCCCACUCGGAAUUGAAGCAGUGCUGGCCAGUAGAAGGCGCCUACCAGAGCGACCCACAGGUGAGGCUGGCGCAAGGCCUUGUGCUCAGCUCCUUGUUCCUGUGUGGUGCCGGCAUUGUGCUGGCCAGUGUGGGGGUGAGGUGCUGGACCGACCUGCCUCUGAGAAGCGUGGUGGCGGCGGGAGGCCUGCUAGUGGCGCUGUCAGGCCUGCUGAGUCUAACCGCCCUGGGGGUGUACACACACAACCUUGGAAUACUGGGGAUGGAGCAGACACCCCCCCACAGACCUCGUCAUAGGCUGCCACAGCUCACUCUCCACCCGGCCGGGUCGCUCUACUUCGGCUGGGUGGGGGGAUGUGUACAGGUGGUGGGGGGGGUAGCGCUACUGCUCAGCUUCAAGAUUCGGCCCAGAUGUCCCUCCUGCUCACAGCUGAAGAACAAGCAGGACACAGAGGUGUACGACGUCAGCUGUUAGUGGAGACUGGGGGAGAGUUACUGUGAGUGAAGAUGAUGAAUUGGAUUUACCCUUAACACUACAAAGCCAAGCAAAAGCCGAACCAAGCUGUACUGCAAUUGCUUGGUAUGUUUCCACCAUAGUUGCUAGAACAAUGCUGGAAAGGGCAUUGUGAAAGAACAUAUCUAAGCCAACACAGUAAGGUUCAGGUCGACAUCAGGGGCAGACUGGGACCAGAAAUUGGCACUGGCAUUUCUAAAAUACUGUUUUUCCUCGAGGCCCCCAAACCGGACAAUUUUUUCCCCUUGAAGUCCCCAUUAUUAGCUAAAUAAUGAUCAAUUUGUGCAAAAACCCAAGCUAGAAAGGGAUACUGGUCUAAAAAUGUACCCGAAACGCAUUCUGCCCCUGGUUAAGGAUGAUGAACUUGAACUUUCGUAAAGGAAGCUGUAUGGCACUGUGGUGUUUAACUUGGAGAUGAUAACCUUUAAAAAAUAAAGUAUUCAUGUUGCCUUUAACUGCAAAAAAAAGUAUAGAACUGUCACAAAGCAACGUUUUGAUGUCAGCCUUGUAGGUAGUUGUAGUAGCCUACUACCCAUGCCUUUGCCAACUCUUUGCCCUUUGUCUAAUACUUUCUCUUUCUUUCCUGAUUUUCAUUAAGUCAUACAGCAGACCCUACUACUUCUGUGUCAAACUAAAUGUAUAUGAUUUAGGGAUAAUCUUAGAUCUAAGGGCAUAUUUAGGACUUAAGCUUUAGAAGCCGUGUUAGUUGUUGACCAUUUUUGACAAUACCUCAAAGAAUUAUAUUGCGAAUUGUAUAGAAUUUCAAGUCAGGCAUACAUUACAGAUGCCAAAUCAUAUUGAUGACUGUGAAGAUUUUAUCAAGAUGUUUAUACUGUUUGUAGUGUAGAGAUAAUAU